AUGUAUAAAGAAUUCAUGCAGGAAUACAUUGCGCUAGGUCAUAUGAAAAUUGCUAGCUCAAAUAAUUCAGCGAAGAGGUAUUAUAUUCCACAUCAACCUGUAUUGAAAGAAGAACGUGAUACGACAAAGCUAAGAGUCGUAUUCGAUGCAAGCGCAAAGACAAGUACCGGACUCAGCCUAAACGACAUACUUCACACAGGACCUAAACUACAGCAAGAUCUCAUAGAUAUUCUGAUAAGAUGGAGAAAACACAAAAUAGCCAUAACAGCUGACAUCGAGAAAAUGUAUAGGCAGGUGAAAUUGGACAGAGAAAACCAGCCAUUACACUCUAUACUCUGGAGAAACACCAAAGAUGAGCCAAUUCAAACCUACGAAUUAACCACUGUAACCUACGGUACAGCACCAGCAGCUUACCUGGCCAUAAGAACAAUGAGACAACUAGCUACAGAUGAAAAGAAAAACCACCCCCUUGCGGCUGAAAUAGUGCUACGGGAUUUCUACGUGGACGAUCUUCUGAGUGGCGCUGACACCAUUGAAGAAGCACGACAAAAGGAAGUAACUGACCUACUCAAAAAGGGAGGAUUCAAUAUAAGAAAGUGGAAAUAUAACGUACUGACCGAAAGCGAAUCCACCGUCACGCUGGACGACAAAAAUGGACCAACCAAGACGCUCGGUAUAACAUGGACUCCCAGAGAAGAUAAUAUUCAGUAUCUAAUAAAACGAAACUCCGAACAUCGGUUAACAAAAAGAAAAAUCUUAUCAGAAAUCGCAACAAUCUUCGAUCCUCUUGGAUUAUUAUCUCCAGUCAUUAUACAGGCGAAACUGUUAAUGCAAGAAAUAUGGAAAACCAACACAUCUUGGGAUGAACCACCACCAGAGCACAUCAGGAACACCUGGAAAAACUUCAGAAACGAGCUUCCAAAAUUAGAAGAAAUUCAGGUUCAACGCUGGAUUCACCUACGGCGUGGUCAACCCUUGGAAAUACAUGGAUUCUCAGAUGCAUCCCUGAAAGCAUAUGGCGCUGCAGUAUACAUAAAAACAACAGACACAAAUGGGAAUACCCACGUGGGACUCCUGGCUUCCAAAUCAAAAGUAUCACCACUAAAAAAUACAAAGACAAUCCCGCAGUUAGAACUCUGCGCAGCCCUUCUUCUAGCCAAACUCAUCAAACGCUGCGUUACGGCCCUGAAUCACAACAAUUCAAAAAUAUCCACCUGGUCCGACUCUCAAGUAGUAAUAUCAUGGAUAAACGCUGACGCUGGAAAGUGGAAAAUGUUCGUCGCGAACAGAGUUCGAGAAAUUCAUAACCUGCUAGGUCAAGGUCACUGGUACUACUACCGUUGGAAACAAUAUCACUUGCAUUCAACGAUAAACUCCAGCACGAACAUCGUAAUAAUCAUUGUCAUUGUUUUACUUAUUGUUUACUUUUUGAAACAUAGGAAACAACAACAAGCACCGGCUGAUGCACACGCGAGCAAUAGACCAGUUCAUCCUGAGGAGAUCGAGCUGCAGCCAAUAUACAAUGACUCCAGACUAGGUGUCCAGCUCCAGGGAUGA